AUGAUAGUCCCAGCAGAAACAGCAGCAACAGAAACAGCAGCAACAGAAACAGCAGCAACAGAAACAGCUGCAACAGACACAGCAGCAAAAGAAAUUUUGGAGGUGACGGACCACCACCAGCAGCAGAAACAGCAGCAACAGAAACAGCAGCAACAGAAACAGCAGCAGCAGCAAAAGAAAAAGCAGCAACAGAAACAGCAGCAGCAGCAUAAACAAAUGACCCACACAGCAGCAAAAGAAAUUUUGGAGGUGACGGACCACCACCAGCAGCAGAAACAGCAGCAACAGAAACAGCAGCAACAGAAACAGCAGCAGCAGCAAAAGAAAAAGCAGCAACAGAAACAGCAGCAGCAGCAUAAACAAAUGACCCGUGGGAGCUGCAUCGCUAAUUCGUGUAGCCGUGACCAAGGCUGGAAACCUCGGUCCGGUCACGACAAUGGCGCAGCUGGUAGCAGCAUAUAG